UGUCGGCAAGACAGUCCCAAACCUCUUUAUUUCUCAUCACAAGCUCUUACAACCACCAGUUCACAAAACCCAAGAAGAAUGGAACAGAGAAGGUACUGUUUAGGCCUUCUAUUCUUCAUUCUCUCUUGUUUUGUUCUCCUCUCUUUUUCAGGCUCUGUUGUUGUUGAAGCUUACAAGAACUACACAGUGGGUGAUUCAUUGGGUUGGUAUGACACCCUUGAGAAGCCCAAUGUCAAUUACCAGAAAUGGGUUGCUGGCAAGAACUUCAGCUUGGGAGAUUUCCUCAUUUUCAACACUGAUACCAAUCAUUCAAUAAUCCAAACAUAUAAUCUCACCACCUACAAACUUUGUGACUAUGAAGAUGCUCAAGAUAAUGAUACCAUCCAAUGGUCAACCUCAGAUCCAUCUGCCACAACCCUAAAUUCAGUGACAGUGUCAGUUCCACUGGUCAAAGAAGGAAUGACAUAUUUCUUUUCAAGUGAUUAUGAUGGUGAACAAUGUAAGAAUGGCCAGCACUUCAAAGUUAAUGUAACACAUGGCCAAGGGUUGCCAAAGAGUUUGGAGAACACUCCUUCAGAAAAAUCCCCUGGACCAGUCAGUCCUACUUCUGGUGAUGAAGAGUCUGCACCAGAUACCAUUGUUCCUUCCAAUUUCAACAACCCCCAUGAGGAAAGUGCUGAUAAAGAGGCAUCUGGGUCAGCUUCAUUAUCAAUGUAUUGGAAGCUAAAAGACAGGACAAUGAUUGUGAUUUUGGUUUUCUUAGGGCUUGUUUGUUUGUUAUGAUAAGUUUUUUUAUUUUUAAUUUUCAAUGGUCAUUCUUUAUUUAUUUAUUUUUCAAAGCUAUUGUAAACUUCUUUGUGUGUUUAGCCUUUAGGGAUUACAUUUGCUACUGAGGUGUGUUUUUCUGUUUGGUUUGCUAAUAGAAUAUUAUAUUUAAUGUUGUA